GGUGAAAAGAGCCCCAAGGGUGCGUAGUAUAAAUACGAGAAAAGGGGCAAAUCUUUAAAACCGAGAAAUCCUCUCCAUUGUCUCUCUGCUCUGCCCCUAGCCCAGCAAAGCCAGCAGCUCACUAUCACUCUCCACACAUAUCAUAUAUCUAUACAUACACUUUUCAAUUAACAACAUCAUAAUACAUAUAGUGUUUGUAUCUAUCUUAAUAAUCAUCCUCAUACUAGAUCAGAUCCAAUAAAGUUAGCAAUUGCAAACCCUAAUUGAGCUUAAAAAUGGCCUCCGAAGAUCGCGCCGAAGCGUCCGAUCCGUCGCUGUCGAGGAACUUGUCGUCGAGUCGGCUGAAUGCUAAGGCAGCUGAGUUCGUGCCGCGCUCGGCGGAGUUUGUGUAUCAUAAAGCGCCGGGGAGUGGGUAUUUUCCGGCGCAGGCUCAUGUGAGAGGGAAUCAGAGAGGCUUUACGCAGCAGUAUGUGCCGGUUGUGCAGUAUCAUCAGCCUCAGCAGGCGCCGCAGCCGCUUGUUCAAGCUGUUUCGGCGAAGAAAAGUGCGGGUGAUGGCACGAAGACUGAGAUUACAGAUGAAGCUACUCAGAAACUCAUUAAUCAGGUGGAGUAUUAUUUCAGUGAUGUCAAUUUGGCAACUACUGAUCAUCUAAUGAGGUUCAUCAACAAAGAUCCUGAUGGAUAUGUGCCACUCUCUGUUGUUUUCUCUUUCAAGAAAAUCAAAGCUUUUGUUAGCAGUACUACCCAGCUUGCUGGCAUUCUGAGGAACUCAACAAAGCUUGUGGUUAGUGAAGAUGGGAAGAAAGUGCGACGCCUGCUCCCCCUAACAGAUUCGGAUAUGGAAGAGCUGCAAUCCCGUAUAGUUAUUGCUGAAAAUUUACCCGAAGACCAUUGUCACCAGAACCUCAUGAAGAUUUUCUCAGCUGUUGGAAGUGUGAAGUCAAUUCGAACCUGCCAGCCCCAGCCUUCCAAUGGUGGAUCAUCCUCAGGGUCGAAAGUAGCAAAAGCUGAUGGAGUAAAUUAUUAUAGCAGUAAGUUGCAUGCUUUUGUGGAAUAUGAAUCUGUUGAACUUGCUGAACAAGCAGUCACAGAAUUAAAUGAAGAGGGUACCUGGAGAAAUGGCCUGAAAGUCCGUUUACUGAACAAACCUGCAGCAACAUCUGCUCAUGUACGAGGAAAGAAAGUUGGGCAAGGGGGUGAACUUCAACGCAAGGAAGCAGACACAUCUACUAGGGAGGAAGACCCUAAUGAGAAACAUAUCGAAGACCCAUCUCAAAUGUAUGAUGGUCAAUCAGCUCAGGUGAACGAGCAGAAAGGAGAGGAACAUGCAAGUGAGAAAGAGGGUGGACGUGGCAAGGGGCGUGGACGUGGACGUGGCAAGGGGCGUGGACGACCUCAACACCACAAUCAUAAUCAAAACCAUCGUGGAAAUCAUGUUGGAGGUUCCUCUUCAGUCCAUCCUGUCAACUCUGAGCAUCCCACUGUUUUCAAGCCACCUCCUGGACCUCGCAUGCCAGAUGGGACUAGGGGAUUCUCCAUGGGCCGGGGCAAGCCAGUUGUUGUAUAGUUCGGAUAAAGAAUCUCCUAUUCUGCAAAAAGCAUGGGUGGUCCUCAAAUUAACUAAUGUUAUGCUGUAGCUCUAUGGAGGCUAAACUUAUCCUUAAUGCAGUAUUUGUGGUAGGAUGUCAUGAGGUUUGGCCCAAUGUCAAUCAAGUAGUCCGGAUUGAAUAGUUCUAUUUACCUUUUUUCCUGUGUCAUAUACUCUGAAGCAAAGGAUUUCUGAUUACAAUAACCUUUUUUUCUUU